AAGUUCAAUAGGUUACUCUCGAAAGUUCUUGAUGGAUGUCAGCAGUGUCAAAUUUUAUAUACAAAAAGUCAAUAAUUUAUAAUAUUUACAAAUAGUUCAGUGUCCUAAUUUCCAUUUGAUUAAUUUCGUGUUGUUAUCAGGUAUAAAUUAGGCAACAGGCUUUCACCAAACCCUUCUAAAAUGGGAUUCUGAAAACGAAGUGUUUGUGUUGUUAUUUGGAAAGUUGCUCUAAUUAUAGUUAUGGCUGAAGCUGUUGCUAAAGUAGAAGAACCCAGCACUCCAAGCGAUAAGCCUGAAUGUGCAGUAUGCCUGCAGCCCUGCGUGCACCCCGCCCAACUACCCUGCGGACAUAUCUUCUGUUAUUUGUGUGUGAAAGGGUUUGCGAAUCAGAAUAAAAGAUGCGCAAUGUGCCGUCAAGAAAUCCCAGUGGAUUUCAUAGAGCAGCCGCGUCUUCUGCAGGCGCCCCAGCCCCAAGAUCUGGCCGAAACGUUCGACGGGGGCUACCAGUGGUUUUACGAAGGCAGAAACGGUUGGUGGCAGUACGAUGAACGAACCAGCAAAGAAAUGGAGAAUUCCUACAAGAACGAGGACAAAACCGUUGAAUUGCUCAUUGCAGGCUUUCUCUAUGUUGCGGAUUUUGAAAAUAUGGUCCAAAUUAGGCGCAAUGACCCUUCGAGGAGGCGACAAAUCAAACGGGAUUUCUCGACUAUUAGCAAAAAAGGAGUGGCAGGGAUUAGGACUAAUUCUCCUUGCGAGCGCCCUGCACUUGAGAUGCACCCAGUUAGCUCCACGGAUCACAUUAGUGUUUUACCAGCCACCCCUUCGAAUAGUCCUCAAAGUCCGUCAAGUGGCCAAGAGUCUCCGAAUGGCGAGGCGAAUUUACGGGCUACAGUUGAUUUAAUCAGCAAUUUGAGCAACUUGACGCUCAACUGCAGGGCAACGUCGUUUGGCGAGGACAACGAGAGUGAAGUGGAAUAACUUUAAAUUAUGUGCAAAGGAAAGCGUUUAUAUGUAAGAUUUUUUUUAAAUACUAAGCCAUUAAAUAUUUUUGAUUCAGA